GUCAAGUCAGUCAUGUUCUUGGGACCACAUCCAGCAUUCUGCACUUGGAUUUAUUAGGCAACUUGAAUAUUGCAGUACUACAACUUCACCCCAGGAUACCUCUUUCUUGGAUAUUUUUGCACCUUCACAAACCUCCAAACACAAAAUUUGACUUUGGGAAGGCCUGACUAUCAGAUUGAAGAGAUGUUCCCAUGGUCAGCAGUGUUCUCCCUCGAGCCCAAGGUGCCCGGGCAGCGCACAUCCGAGGAGCUGGUCAUCAACACGCUCAUGCUGGAGCUGGGCGCCAUGGUGAAGCGCACGGAGCGUGUGCGUCUGGAGCGCGCCGCCCAGGGCCGCCGACGCCACAGCUCCUCGUCCUCUGUGGACUACAGCUGGCUGGCGUCGGUGCCGGUCAAGGCCCCGUUCGAGCUCACGCCCGGUGACGUGAUGGGCCUGCAGGACCUCUGCUCCAAGAUCCCUCCGCAUCUCUGUGGACCCGCCAUCGUCAGGUUCCGGAAGGUGGUGACGGAGAUGGAGCCCGACGUGCAGGAGGUGCCGCGUCUCUUCCGCACCGUGCUGCUGAACUGCCUGGAGGAGAUGGAGAGCGACGCCGAGAUGCAGGCCCGCGCCAACCUCUGGGAGAAGCAGCGCAGCAGGAGCCUCUCCUUCGUGAGCUUCCGCUCGCGCUUCCGCUCGGCCCGCGGCCCCGGCGGCUUCCUGGGCGGCUCCCGGGGCAACCUGCAGGAGCAGGCGUGGCUGGACGAGGAGGAGGAGGAGGUGCCCGAGAAGGUGGCGGUGCAGCGAGGCUCGAGGAGGACGCGAAGCAGGAGCAUGCCGGACAUCAGCCCCUUGGAGCAGAGAGUCCACAGCUGAGCGCCGGGGGAGGAGAAGGGAUGGGAGGCCAGGGAGCAGAGGAGGAUUUGGAGGACGAGAGAGGAAGGGAGAGACACCGAAAACAGAACCCAGAAGAACAUGAGGGACACAGGGUUGAUAACAAAGGCACAAAUACAUACAUACAAUGCAAACACUUACCUACUAAAUUGUAUUGUAAGUGCUUAUCUGGUCACAGUAAUGUAGCUUCCUGAGAUAACAUCUCCAUCUCGUUUUCUAUGAAAUUUGUGGUGUAAUUGUUUUUCAAAAGUGACUGCCUAUGCA